GCGCAUGCGCCGUAGCCCGCCGGGGCCCCUAGCAACCAGCGCAGUGACAGUAGCAACGGAGCGGAAUGGGGAAACCAGGGUAACGCAAAGUGGCUACCGAAAAUUUCUGCAAAUUGUUUCCUCUCGGUAUGGCAAAAGCAACCACAAUCAAAGAAGCCCUAGCCAAAUGGGAAGAGAAAUCGGGCCAGAAGGCAUCGGAAGCCAAAGAGGUAAAACUUUAUGCCCAGAUUCCCCCUGUAGAGAAGAUGGAUGCAACUCUGUCCACCCUCGUCAAUUGCGAGAAACUGUCACUGUCUACAAACUGCAUCGAAAAAAUUGCCAACCUCAAUGGCUUGAAAAACCUGAGGAUCCUUUCACUAGGACGAAACAACAUCAAAAACCUGAAUGGAUUGGAGGCGGUGGGAGAGACUUUAGAGGAAUUGUGGAUCUCCUAUAACCUUAUCGAGAAACUGAAAGGGAUUCAUGUCAUGAAGAAACUGAAGGUUCUCUACAUGUCUAAUAACAUGGUGAAAGAAUGGGCGGAGUUUGUGAGACUGGCAGAACUGCCGUUGCUAGAGGAUCUGGUGUUUGUGGCCAAUCCGCUGGAGGAAAAAUAUUCCGCGGAGGGGUCUUGGAUUGAAGAGGCAACCAAGCGUGUACCCAAGCUGAAAAAGCUAGACGGAACACCAGUAAUUAAACAAGAGGAAGAAGGAGAGGGAGAGAACUGAGACCACGUUUCUACUUUGUUUUAUUAACUUAUUUAAAUAUCUUAAGAAUAAUAGAUGAAGCUUUGUAUAAGUGUCUGUUUUAAA